AUGGCGCGGGGCGGGGGCCGCGCACCCCGCAGCCCGCAGCCGAGCCCCGCAGCGACGCCGGGAGGAGCCGAAGCGCCGACCCCGCCGAGCCCGGCCCAGCCCGGCCCGGCCCAGCCCAGCCCGCAGGCCCCGCCCCCAGCGCGCGCGCGGCGCCCGACGUCGCGGACCGCGGCGCCCGAUUGGCCCGGACAGGCGCGGGGCGGGGCCAGAGCGGACGUUGGCCCCGCCCCGGAAGUCGGAGAGGCGAGCCCAGAUGUGGCGGGCGGGUCCAGGAGAGGUCACAUAUUCCUUAGAGGCGUUCACUGCACUGCCGAUGCACCUGAUGCCAGCGUACAGCCUAAUUUUUUCCUGUACACAUAG